AUGGAAUGUAAGAAAAUAUUCUUUUAAGAUCGUUAAAAAAGUAGAGGGGAAGGGAGGGCGGAAUACUUGUAAGGGAUUUGGGGGCUGGAAGCAAUUUUUCACUUUGUCCAAAUUCGGCCGGCCAGCAAACAAAGCGCGUCCGCUUUCCCCGCGUGUUUCGACUCCGGGCUUCUCAACGCUGUUUCACUUCGAUACUCGUUUCCCCGCCGUCAGAGAUCCUUCCUCAAUUCAUCUAAAUUUCUUAUUUGAUCUCAUAUCUCAAUUUCCCCCAAUUGCCCCCCUUCCUCAUCUUCAACCAGGAUGCUCAAAACCCUAGAAAAAUGCUGCAAAUCUAGGGUUUUAUGCGAUCAGCAUCGACUCGUACACGUGAUCAUCCCUCGUUUCUCUGAGCCUUGUAUCCCCAAUAAGAAUGCCUGCUCUUUUUCAUCUGAUUCAUACAUUGGAGCUCCAAACCCUAACUCUGUCCCUAGUUUGGUCAAAUUGGGCGACGACUCCAGUAAAAACCCUAAUCCAAUCCCCAGCUGCAACUUCGGCGAGGUCAAUGAAUUUGACAACAAAGGCGAAUCGGAAACAGAUACCGAGGCCGAGGACGGCGUUGAUGAAGAUGACUUCAAGGUGUUAGAUUUAUUCAGCAGAAGAACCGAUCCCAAGCGAAAAAGCGAAGCCUUUGUUGAAGAAAGGGACGAAUCGAAGCACCCUUUAGUUAAAGAAACCUGCAGAUUGAUUGGACUUAGUCACAUUUGGACUCCGAAGCUCGAAAGCGAGCUCAAACGCUUACUCAGAAGCCUCAACCCCCAACAGCUCACUGCUGUUAUCCGUUGUCAGUCCGAUGAGAGAGUUGCAGUCAAUUUCUUCUACUGGGCUGAUCGCCAAUGGAGGUAUCGUCAUCCUCCUGAAGUCUACUAUACUAUGCUUGAAGUCCUUAGUAGGACUAAACUUUGUCAGUCAUCGAGGAGAAUUCUAAGAUUGAUGAUUCGAAGAAGAAUUCCUCGGUCCCCUGAAUUAUUUGGGUUCUUGAUGGUUUCUUAUAGCCGAGCUGGUAAGCUUAGGAGUGCAAUGAGAGUGCUGAAUUUGAUGCAGAAAGACGGGUGUGCCCCUGAUUUAUCUAUAUGUAACACUGCGAUCCAUGUGCUUGUGAUGGCCAAUCGAUUGGAGAAGGCUUUGAAAUUUUUGGAUAGGAUGCAGCGGGUUGAGAUUGUACCUAACGUUAUUACGUAUAAUUGUUUGAUAAAAGGUUUUUGUGAUGUUUAUCGGGUUGAAGAUGCAUUGGAGAUGAUAAGAGAGAUGUCGUUUAAAGGUUGUCCUCCCGAUAAAGUUAGCUAUUAUACGGUGAUUAGUUUUUUGUGUAAAGAGAAGAGAGUUGGAGAGGUGAGAGAGUUGUUGGAGAAGAUGGAGAAAGAUGCUAACUUGUUUCGUGAUCAAGUAACAUACAAUACUUUGAUUCAUGUGCUUUCAAAGCACGGGCACGCUGAUGAAGCUCUUGAGUUUCUGACAGAAGCAGAGAAGGAAGGGUUUAGGGUCGAUAAGGUUGGAUAUAGUGCAGUUGUGCAUUCUUAUUGUCGAAAUGGGAGGAUGGACGAGGCAAAGGAUAUUGUCAAUGAGAUGUUUUCAAAGGGUUGUGAUCCCGAUGUUGUGACUUAUGGUGCUGUUGUUAAUGGAUAUUGUCGUAUAGGAAAGAUUGAUCAAGCACGAAAAUUGAUGAAUCACAUGUAUAAAAAUGGGUGUAAGCCUAAUUCAGUUACGUAUACCGCACUUUUGAAUGGAUUGUGUAAAUUUGGUAGCUCAGUGGAGGCUAGAGAUAUGUUGAAUAAAAGCGAAGAGGAGUGGUGGACUCCGAAUGCUAUUACUUACAGUGUGGUUAUGCAUGGGCUUAGGAGAGAGGGGAAGCUAACAGAGGCCUGUGAUUUGGCGAUGCAAAUGAUAAGCAGCGGGUUUUAUCCUACUCCAGUGGAGAUUAAUUUACUGAUUCAGGGACUUUGUAGAGAGAAGAAGGCAGGAGAGGCGAAGAAGUUCAUGGAGGAUUGUCAGAGCAAAGGUUGUGUAAUUAAUGUGGUAAAUUUUACUACCAUAAUUCAUGGAUUUUGCAAAGAGGGCGACUUGGAAUCUGCUCUGUCUUUGCUUGAUGAUAUGUAUUUAAGUAAUAGACAUCCUGAUGUUGUAACUUAUACAGUUAUGGUGGAUGCUUUGGGAAGGAAAGGGAGGCUUGAGGAAGCAACUGCUCUUAUAAAAAAGAUGCUACAAAGAGGAUUUCUUCCUUCUCCUGUUACGUAUAGGACUGUUAUCCAUAGAUAUUGCGAGAAGGGUGCAGUCGAUGAGCUACUUAAGUUGCUAGAGAAAAUGCUGAUCAAGCAGGAAUUUAGGACUGCGUAUAAUCAGGUCAUAGAGAAACUUUGUGCCUUUGGUAAACUUGAUGAAGCCUACAAAGUUUUAGGAAAAGUUUUGAGAACAGCCUCCAGGAUUGACGCUGAGACAUGUUGCAUAUUGAUGGAGAGUUAUUUGAGAAAAGAUAUUCCUCUGCAGUCAUAUAAAGUGGCUUGCCGGAUGUUUCAGAGGAAUCUGCUUCCGGAUAUCAAACUGUGUCAAAAAGUGAGUGAGAAAUUGGUGUUCGAAGGGCUCCAGGAUGAGGCUGGAAGGCUUAUGACCAAGUUUAUUGAGCGGGGUCACCUUUUACCUCAACAUCAAUAGCAGUGCCUUUCAAUUUGUGGAAUUAGAGAAUUAGCUAAGGGGCGCCAUCAUCAGGCCCAGAUACCCAGAAACAUGCAUCUGCAAUUGGGAGGAAGAUAACAAUUAUUGGUACCAAACUAGACAAUUUGGGGAUCCAUUUUGUCAAAGCUUGCAGUGAACAGCCUAAGUACAAGGAGUUCCAAAAAUGGCAAGAUACGCCUGCAGAUUUGAGGUCUAAAGCAGAGCAGAUAGGUUCUGCAUUGGACGUGUCCAAUUUUGCUAAUUGUUUCAGUUAUUUCUGUCAUUGACAAUAGAAUUAACUUUUUUGGUGAAAUUUUAGAAAGACUUGUUUGGACCUAGUAAAAUAUCAGUUGAUGAGAUAAACUGAACCUAAGGUUUGGACAACUGUGGCAUUGCCGGAUUACAACAUCAGAUUAUGAAAGAGCAAGAUCAGAGCCUUGAAGAUCAGGAGCAAAUGGUCCAUAGCGUGCGACAUAUUGCCUCGACAAUUAAUGAAGUCUUGAACCUUCACGAUAAACUGCUAGAUAGCUUGGACCAACAUGUGGAUGGACAACCUCGAGGCUUCAUGUAGGUUCAGUCCCUUCUUAUUUGCUAGUACAGUAUCCAAAUUUUCUAUGGUAAAAAAUUAAAUGUAUAACAACGCUCUAUGGUUGCAAAUCUAUCCUUUGAAUUUAUUACAUGCCAUAGAGGCCUUUGUAAGAAUGUACUUUAAUCUGAAGCCUUCACUGAACUAAUUGAGAAUAAAAGUGAAAUUCGGAGUUAAA